AUGGCUUGUUCCCCUAUCUCCUUUCUCUUGAUCUACUCCUCUCUAGUGCUGCCAUUGGCAUUCUCUUCUCAAACAAUAGACUACUACUUCUCCUCCAUCAUCAGCUUCGGAGGUUCUCUGAGCGACACCGGUAACUUGUUCUACUACCUUCACAACAACUGCUCCAUCGCCCACUUCCCCUACGGCAUCACCUUCUUUCAUCGCCCCACCGGCCGCCACUCCGAUGGCCGCCUCAUCGUUGACUUCUUGGCGGAGGCAAUUGGAUUGCCAUUCCUUCCACCAUAUCUAGCAGGACCAGCUAAGCAUAAUUUCCAGCAAGGAGUCAACUUUGCCAUUGGAGGCACAGUGGCUGAAACUUCCUUCUAUAAAGAGAAUGGCUUUCCCCUUCCAAACAAUACUUUCUCUUUGCAUGAUCAAUUGAAUUGGUUCCAAGAUAUGCUUCCCAUUCUCUGUUCUUCACUUUCAGAGUGUGAGGCUAAGUUGGGUAAAUCACUCUUCAUUGUUGGUGCAAUCGGAGGAAAUGAUUACCACAUUGCAAUGUUAAAAGGAUCCAGUGAUUAUGAAAUAAAAACUCUUCUAGUUCCUGUCAUGAUCCAGGCUAUUAGUUCUGCAAUCAAAGAUUUGAUUAAAUAUGGUGCAAGAACAUUGGUAGUUCCAGGGAAUUAUCCAGUUGGAUGUCUCUCAGCUAGUCUCACAUGUUUUCCAAGAGAAGGUGACUAUGACCAGAAAACAGGGUGCUUGAAUUGGUUGAAUGAGCUCACUGAGUUAUAUAACCAAAGGCUCCACAUUGAACUUCAAGAUAUCCAGCAUCAACAUCCUCAUGUCACCAUCUUCUUUGUUGAUUAUUAUGGAAUUAUCAUGGAAAUGUUGCAAUCGCCUAAAAAAUAUGGUUUUAAGGACAAGCCUUUGGUUGCAUGUUGUGGAGGUGGAGGUCCUUAUAACUACAAUGCAUAUGUGCUUUGUGGUGAAGGGGCAAGAGCUUGUGAUGACCCUUCAAGCUUAGUGUUCUGGGAUGGUGUUCACCUCACUGAAGCUGCUAACAAGAUCAUUGCCACUGAUUUGUUACAAGUAUUGCAUGUAUCUCCUUCAAUUAACCAACAAUUCCCACAUAUUGUUAAGAUCUAUGAUCAAGCUCAGCAUGUCAGUAUGACUGUGUAAGUGAGUGGGAAAGUCUAUCUAUUUUCCUGGCUUUCCUCACUUCUGAUGAUGUUUAUUUGUCUGUUUUUCAAUAAUUAUAAGUGCAGGUGAAUAAAUAAAUAGUUGUCAUUUUUUUUUGUAAUUGGAUAUUUAUUUUGAGA